AUGGAGACGAGCGUACCGAGGAGGCACCAUCCCACCUACGCCAGCCCUCCUGCCUCGUCGGGCGGCGGGGCGGGAGCGGCAGUUGAGGGCGCGCGGGGCGCUCCUGGCCUGGGCACCACGCCGCCCAGCGCGUCGGCCACGCGCACGCUGCAGGAGCGCCGCGGCCUCGGCCUGCGGUUCCUGGGCGCCGGCGUCGGCGCUGCUGCCGGAUGCACGGUGGUGGCGGCCACAGCGGUGGCCCUCUGGCGAGCGGCCCAGGCUGGCAGCGGCAACCUGCAGGUCGAGGACAAGGAGGUGGAUCACAAUUUCCAGGCGCGGGUCGAGCUCAUCAAGCCCGUCCUGCGAGCGAAUGUCGAGGCGGCUGUCCGUCACGGGCCGAUCGAGACCGACGGCGGGGCGACAGCGCUCCGGAACGUCGCGGAGCAUGGCCUCGUCGGGGAGGGCGCGGAGGCGCUGCCCCAGUGCGGGAAGGAGGCCAAGCGGCAGCACAAGGGGCGGCGGCGUCGCGCCCUCGGCGCGCAGGACGCCGCCAUCGCCGGCAUCAACGGCCACUUCGCGGAGGAGCUGAUGAAGAAUGUCCAGAAGCCAGAGUUCAAGCCGCCCUCGAAGUUCAUGAAGGAGGUGCAGGUCGACAAGGCGCGAGCCCCGACGGAGGCCAAUGCUAACCAAGCCGUGUCGAAAAUCAAGGGCGCGGGCAAGAGUAAGACCUACGACGCCAACGAAGAGCGCGACUCGUACCUCACCGGCAUGGGCAACGGCGCCCAUAGCUCCAGAGUCCGAGGGCAUCGCGCCCACGCGGCUCAGAACCGAGCCCUUCCCCUCGCGAGCGCCAGCCUGGUGCCUCCAGCUCCAGAGGAUGCGGAAAACGCAGCCGUCCUGGAGCUCAGCGCCUGGCCCGUGCGCGACGGGCUCAAGCUUCGCGGGCCCCUGCCAGGGGGACGCGCCCUGGCGGCCUUCGUGCUCAGGGCGCGGGGCGCGAGCGCGCGACGGCUCGAGCUGGGCGCGCGGGCACCGCCCGCGAAGCGGCGCGGGGAACUCGCGCGCGCCCCGGGGGGCGCUGCUGAGUGCUGCCCGCGCGCGCGCGCGGCCGCCACCGGGAGCGCUGCUGCGGGCCACGCCGGCGCCGGGCUGGGGCGCGCGCUGGAGCAGCACUCCCUGGCGAGGGCCAGCGCGGCCGCUCGCGCGCGGGCGGAAGCCCGCCGAGCAGGCGCGCGGGAGCCGCACGCGGGGCUCCGGGGGAGCGGUCAGAGGCUCCGAGUGCGGCACGGACAUCCGUUGCACAGCAUGGCGCCCCACUCACUGCACGGCAACGUCAGGAUGCCCACUUCAAUAGGGCCAAACAAUAACACCAGGACCUUCGACUCUGAGUCCCGGUCGAGGAAGGAGUACGUCGAGAGGCGGCACGAGCUGCCGGACAGCCUCCGGAAGUACCCGGGGGCCGCCUUCAACCACAGGAAGAAGGAGGAGUGGCUGAAGCUGAUGUCUCAGCAGAUCAAGUCCGACAUGCGCGGCGCGCUGUACUCCGAUUGGAAGCGCGACGCCAGGAGCAGCUGCUUCAUGAUGUCCUUCCUUUGUGUGCUGAGGAUGCCGGCGCGCGGCGUGACCCGCUGGUGCAAGCCCUGGGCGAAGCACCCGGCCGCCGCCGCCGACCAGCUGGGGCACGGCACGUCCGCGGCGUCGUGCUGGAUCUGCGACGGCUGGGUGGAGGUCACGCUGAGCCUGCUGCCGGGCGUCUCCUGCAGCAAGGAGGUCCAGAACGCGGAGAAGGUGUUAGCGUGGUCGUCGGUUGACAAUUUCUCACGGCCAGUCAUCCUGGUGUGGAAGACGGCCACGCAACGCUGGGAGGGGAGGCAGACCUGGCCUACUCGGCCGACGGCCGACGCCGAGGCCACCGAUGACUACCGCGAGAAGCUCAAGGAGACGCGAGUUAGGAAGACAACCGGAUACUACAACAACGUUGUCAUGAUGAUGGGUCUACCGAUAUUGACCGUGCUUGUCGGAAUCUACAGCUACCAUUUGCUGUGCCCGAUGUUGGGCGACCCCGCCAAAGUUGCGAACCUGGAGGGCGAUGGGAAGAAUGCAAACAACCUCGACAAGCUCUCUUCGAAGGAGACCAGCCUCAUCGACCUCAGCGCUGAGAAGCCGCUGGAGUGCAUGAAGGCGUGGAGGGUUGGCGGAGACCGACGGUGGCCGUGGUGCGUGCUCGACAUGAUCGGCAUCAGCGUUGACGACCUUGGAAUGAUGCGCUUUGCUCGUAACCCAGCGUUGGUGUCAGCUGGCAUUGUGUUCAGGCGGCGCGAAACAAAGUGCUCGUCGAAGCCUUGCAACAUGCACGCGCUGUCCAUCACUGAGAGCACCGCGGCAGAGAGAUCGACCUGCAUCGACCACUUUUUGGCGACCGACGAAGACGAGCAGGAGUGCCAGAAGCAUCUCAGGUCCGACUUCAUGACUCACGCCUUCAGCGCUGACGCGAUCGAGAGGCUGAACUCCGAGAUUGCCCAUGGGGAGAUGCAGAGCCCCUUCCUCCAGCCGGUUCGAGUUGCGAAGGAGCGCGUGGACAUUCCCCCCCACGAGGACCCGAACAUGUCUUUCCGACCAGGCCCUAGCCCACUCAUGCUGGAGGAGAACAAGUGGAUGAACGUUGCGAGCCAGUUGAAAGGGGCACCCCUCGCCAAAUGCGAGCAGGAUAAGACCCAGCACGAUUUCGAGGCGCACGCUUGCAGGUUGGCAGCGGAGCUCGUGGUUGGCCCCACGAUCUUCAUUACCACGAUUAUCACGAUAAUCUACACGGACACGGGCGAGACCCUCAAGGAUUUCACGAGGUACAAGCGCGCCGUGCAGGCGGCGGAGCUGAGUUGCGAGACUGAGGAUCAGCUACAGGCGCUCGGCCCCAAGCUGCAUCGCAACCUGCUCGGCGCGGACAACAGCAUCAGCGUGCUCAUUGAGCAGACGGACCCCAAGGACUACGCGAAGAAGGAGGGGGCCCGGGCGCUGCUGGCGUACUUGGAGGCGCAGCGCUUCGCCAAGAGCAGCUUUCGGGAGCUGCCGAAGGCGUUCGACGCCUUCUUCGAUCAGACGCACUUCGAGCGGAAAGGCGAAGAACCCAUGGCGGCUUGCUGCACAGCCAUGGAGGUUGCCAAGCGGAACCUGGAGGAGGUGGACCCGGACACGAAGAUAAGCAGCAACGAGCUAGGGUACCACACUCUGAAGCGAAGCGGCCUCGACAAGGACGAGCGCAAUCUGGUGAUUGCACGGGCGGAGGAGACGUUCAACUUCCAGAAGAUCAGCCAAACGCUGAAGAACCUUUUCCCACGCGGCAGCGCGAAGCAUCGGGGACAACUCAAGUCGGGCUGGAGAUGGGCGAUGAACACCGAAGAAGAGCCACCCGACGAAGAGGAUCCAGGAGAAUACUGGGUACAAGAUGAUGACGGAUACUGGCAUGAAUGGGACGACGAGCGUGGAGUCUACGUGUGCACGGACGACGGCGACGACAACGGCUGGGACAGCAGCGACAUGUUCUUCAUCGAGGAUGACGCGGACACGUUCCUGGCCGACGAGGACGACGACUACCGCAAGGCCCUCGUCACCCUACGCGAGAGCCGCCUGAAGAUGAACAAGCUUCGGGCUGCUCGCGGGUUCUUCAAGGGGAGAAUCGACGGAGUCGUGGACGAGAGCGCGGCUGCCGGUGGCAAGGCGGCCGGAAGGAGUUUCUCCAAAGGCAACUUUGGCAAAGGCAAGGACAAGGGCAAGUCGAAGGACAAGAGGUGCACCAACUGCGGCCGGAUGGACCACGACACGGCGAACUGUCCGACCGGCGGCUCUUCCGGCAAGACGGGCAAGCCCAAGGGCCGCGGCAAGGGACCGAAAGGAGCCCAACGUCCACGACGCUACGGCUUCUGGGCGAUGACGACCUUGGUCUGUGCCGUUCCGGCGUGCGUGAACUUCGCGAGCCAGAUGACCGCCGUGGGCGAGCUGGCCGACAGCGCCGCGGUGCAGACCGCCGAGGACGUCUACGACAUCAUGACGGUGAGCGUGGAUAGCGAUCCGAUCGUGCCGGAGAGGCUCGAGUUGGAGGUGCUGGUCUCGAAGGAGGCCGUGCCGGCGGCCUUGGUGGACAGCGGCGCGUCGGUGGCGGUCGCCGGGCGCGGCUGGCUCGACCGCGUCGCGACCGAGCUCGCGAAGUACGGCCUGAAGCCCAUCAAGGUGGACGCCGCGCAGAGGUUCAAGGGGCUCGGCGGUGCCAAGCGCGAGGCCAAGCAGAAGUGGAUCAUCCCCAUCGGCAUCGGGAGGGUCCACGCCAUACAGGAGUACUUCGAGAUUCCUGGUGACAUGGUCGGUCUCACGAGCAGGAAGAACCUGGCCGACUGGAAGACGAACCUCUACGUGCGCGAAGACGGCCACUGGGCGGACUUCCAGGAGCUGGGAGUCUACGACAAGGAGCUGGUGAAGCUUCCCGGCGGCCACGCGGGUCUCGACAUCUUCGACUACGACCUCGAGUCGUACGAGGCGGAACCGCUCUUCGAGAAGUUCCGCAUCCACCGGGUCGCCCCCGAGCCGGAGGUGUUCCUGGUCGCGGAGACGCUGCAGGAAGUCAAGCCGGACUUCCAGCUGAAGGACGACGCCGACUCGUGGGUCGCGGAGGCCUUGAAGAACGGCAACAAGGGCAUCUUCAAGAAGAGCACGGUCAAGCGGAUCGACAAGCUCAUGAAGGAGUACGAGGUGAUAUUCGACGUGCUGCGUGACAACUCGGAGACCUUCCUCUGGGAGCUGUUCGCGAAGGAGGCUCGCUUUACUAGAGCGGCCUCGAGAGGUGGUCACGCGAAUGCGACCCCUUCAGAUCUGUCGGUUGGUGUGAAUUUCAAUGACCCCAAGGUUUGUUCCGAUUUCCUGUUCAUGAUCAAGAUCUUCAAGCCUUGGAUGGUUUCGGUCGCGUUUCCCUGUACACCCUUCACGAAUAUGCAGGAGUUUCAGCGGGCACAGGGUAUGGGCGACUGGGUCGAUGAUAUGGUCGAGGAGUUUACGCCAUUGGUCAAUUUCUCGGCGGACGUACUUCGACUGCAGGCUGAAGGCGGACGAAUCGGUAUUGGCGAGAACCCGUUGACGAGCCGAGCGUGGAACCAAGAAUCGAUGAUGGACCUGACGAGUUGGAAAGACGAUCGGCCACCAUCCUACGACACGGUCACGCUGCACCAGUGCAUGUACGGGCUCGUGGACGAGAGCGGGACACCGAUUCGGAAGGCGACGCGCAUGCUGGUACCAUAUGGGUCGUGCUUUCCUUCCUGGCUGGAACGCAGAUGUGACGGAAGCCACGAACACGCGGAGACGGUCGGCCGGAGCGCGAUGCUCUCGCGAUCGGCUGCGUGGCCGGAGGAGCUCGGCAAGACCUUGGUCAAAGCCGGGACGCACGAGCUGGCGAUGCGCGCGACCUUGAAGGAGCUGCGGAUCUGGAACAACGGGGAGAAGAUUCCGAGCCGACGAACUGCGAAUGGAGUUGCGAAGGCAUUCAAGCUGAGAAAGGAGUUGAUCGACGUGCGCGUGCUGAGGGGCACCGAGGAGAUACCACUACCUCGAGGAGCUGUGCGGCGCAUUUACGCAAUGUACUCCAGCGAGGGCGUGCUGGCCGAUUUCUCAGAUGCCUACGCGGACGACUCGGACUUCCAGACGAUCGACUUGGCGGAGAGGUAUCCCUCGGACACGGUCGUGGCGAUCUACGCGAAGGAGCCGAAAGUGCAGACGUCCUACCCUGCGACGGUGUUUGCCUAUGGAGCCACGCCGAGGGAGUUCAAGCCAAACGAUCGAGACGCAGACGCAGUACAUCGAGACCUACACGAAGAGGGGAAAGGCUUCGGGGAUAAGCCCCCGAACAUCACUACGGCCCAGUGGGGCGCUCUUCGGAAGCUCCACUUGAACCUGAGCCACCCGUCUGCACACGCUCUCAAGCGACGCCUGAAGUCCUACGGGGCGUCGAAGGAGGUGCUCGAAGCGGUGGACAAGUUGGACUGCACCGUGUGCAAGGAGCUGGGCAGGCCGAACACCACGAGGUCAGCCAAUUUGAAGCUCUCGACGGAGUUCAACGAGAACGUGUUCCUGGACGAGGCCGAGGUGAUCCUCUCGGACGGGACGCGGCUGAUGGUCAUGGUUAUCCUGGACGACGCGUCGAGCUUCAGGGUGAUCGUCCCGACCACAGCUGUGCGAUCGAUUACGGGCGAGGAGAGCCUACGGUGCUUCUCGCAAGGUUGGUUGUCGUGGGCAGGCCCUCCGAAGGUGCUCUACUACGACGCGGCGAAGGGCCACAUCACGAAGCGGUUCGCGGAGAUCGGCGACAAGUACAACAUCCUGAUGAGACCGGUCCCGGCUGAGGCGCCUCAGCUAAAGGGAAGAGUCGAGCGUGCCAUCGACUUCUUCAAGGAUCAUUUCCAGCGCCUGAACCGCGACGUGCAGCUCACGAAGAACGACGAACCAACGGUAUGGACUUCAGUGAUAGCGAACACGUGCAACAACCAUAUUCGGCGCAACGGCUUCACGCCCUACCAGUACGCGCUGGGGAAGUCGCCCGGCACUCCGACUUCGCUGAUCGAGGCGAUGGAGGGCGACCAGAGGCAGCUGGCGGCGCAGAGCGCGGCCCUCUUCGAGGACGGGCCCCGGCGGGCCGAACAGAUUCGACCAUUCGUGCCGGGCCAGCUGGUGUUCUACUGGCGCGAGGUGAAGCACGUGAAGUCUAAGAGGCUCCAGGGCGAGCUGGGAUGGCGCGGCCCGGCCAUCGUGCUAGCGACGGAGGGCCACACGAGACUGCACCGAGGGGUGCCGGUGCUCGUGACGCCCGAGCAGGUGCGGCAUGCAUCACGCGACGAGGCGGAGAUGGUGGAGAACGAGGACCUGGUCAGGAAGCACCUGGAGCUACACCUGGAGGGCUACCAGAAGUACCACCACUACCCGGCGACGGGCCAGGACUUCAAGUACCCGGACCAGCUUACGACCCACCUGUACCUGAUGCAGCUGGGCAGGGGCACUCCAUGGACCUGGACGCAGCUGCUGUGCCAGGUAAUCCGCAUCAUGAACCUGAGCGAGCCGAACAGCCAGGACAGCCAGAACCCGCACCACCAAAGGGGUUCAAGAGGCCACUUCCUGAUGACCGGCUGCAAGACAAGGAACGUCUUCGACUACGACGCGAAGCUCUCAAGAAACAAAUCGCACCUAAGAAAGGUCGAGAACUAUAUGCGCAGCAUCCCGCCGGAAUGGAAGGAAGAAUUCGACGCGAGCGACCUGGACGAGUGGCGCAAGUGGAUCCAGUACGACGCCGUGGAGUGGCCGACGGAGGAGGAGCUCGCGGGGGUCGAGAAGGCGGACGUCCUGCCGAUGCGGCGCGUCCGGACGGACAAGAACGAGCCGACGAGGGGCAACCUCUCGUACGAGCAGCACCCGCUGAAGGCGAAGUCGAGGAACAUCGUCCCGGGGUACAAGGACAAGCAGCUGCUCGCCGGCGAGUUGCAGACGAACGCGCCCACGCUCACGGACACGGCCACGGCGGUGAUUCUCCAGGAGGCGGCUAGCCAGGAGGGCUGGACGCUGGAGCAGGGCGACGUCGACUCGGCGUUCCUGAAUGGGAAGUACCCCGACAGCUCACGACGUGUGUAUUUUCGAGCUCCCAAGGGCGGUCUACCGGCAGUCCCGGAGCUGGGCUGGCCAUUCGUGCCCGAGGGGACCAUCCUGAAAGCGAAGAAGGGCAUCUACGGGCUGAACGACGCACCCUUACUGUGGCACGAGGAGCACCGCGACACUAUCAUGUCACUGCCCGGGGCUUCGAGAUCCAAGCUGCGCCCGGCUCUCUUCAUCUUCCACGACGAGAACGGGAAGCUGAUCGGCCUCAUCGGGACGCACGUGGACGACGACUUGGUCGCGGGUUCGCCCGAGUUCUUCGCGAAUCAGGUGGCGAUGCUGAGGAAGAUACACUGCUACGGCAAGUGGCAGUCUGCGCGGACAGGGUUUCAUCACUGCGGGCGCUUCCUCAAGCAGAACGACGACGGCACCAUCAAGUGCAGCCAGAGGGAGUACACGGAGAGCAUCGGGAGGAUUCCUAUUUCGGCCGAGCGCCGGAGGAACAAGGAAGCGAAGGCCACGGCUGAGGAGAGGGCGUUGCUCCACAGCGGCAACGGCCAGAUCCAGUGGCUGGUGCGCUCUACGCGUAUGGACUUGGCGUUCCGUCUGGUGGAGAGCCAGGCGAGGGCUCACGACAGCGACCUGAAGGUGCAGGACCUGCUCGACUUCAACAAGCUGGUGAGCGACGCCAAGACAGACCACGUGGACAUCACUUUCCAGAAGAUCAACAUGGACGAUGCGAUCGUGGUGGCCAUCGGGGACUCAAGUCACGGCAACGUGGGCAAGACGAAGACGGCGAGCCAGGCCGGACUGGUCAUCCUGCUAGCAGACAACAAGGACAACAAGUUCCUGCUCGGGAGGCCUACCAAGAUCACCCCCAUGCUGUGGCGCUCACACCGCAUUAAACGUGUGGUGCGCAGUACCCUUUCGGCCGAGACGAUGGCAGCUUUGGAGGCGGUCGAGAGUGGCGACAUGCUGAGGCAGCACCUGGUGGAAUUACACUACGGGCUGGGCUACCGGACCCACAUGGAGGACGUCAAGGCGAUCACGAUGGUGGAGGUCACAGAUUGCAAGUCUCUCUACGACCUGCUGCAGAAGCGCGGGACGGUUCCCUCCGAGAAGCGGCUGCUCAUCGACAUCGAGGCGCUCAGGAACGAUAUCGAGUUCAACAACGUGGUGAGCAAGUGGGUGAAUACCAAGCAGAUGCUCGCCGACUGCCUCACCAAGCACGACGUGCGCGCUGGCGACUACAUGAGGUACGUCCUGCAGACGGGCGAGUACCGGCUGACCGAGGACCUCAUGGCGGACCAGGUUAUCCAUAAGCAACGGACGGAGCUCAAGGGACGCAGGGGUGAGUACUACCGCACGAAGUACCCCGAGCGACAGCGACCUGCCGAUCAGCCUUUUGCGCACGAGGGCUACACGUACUUCGAGGACUGCAUCGCGGACGUGAGGUACAACGCGAAGGUUGUCCAACCUGCUCCGAAGCCAUAUCUACGUUGGCGGAUGAUGCUGGGCCAGCGCGAGGACGAUAUCUACUACGAGAAGCUCGAGGAGAUGGUCGACUGGUCCGGCCUGGACCAGGUGGUGAGGCGUCGGACGAUCCCGACGCACGUGCGUAAGCUGCUGACGGUCUACGCACCGACCAAGGCGGCCCUCGAGCGCUACGAGAAGGACUUCGCAGAGAAGCACACCAUCAAGAAGCCAGAUGUGACUGAGGAUCCAGAGGACAAGGAGGAGCUGAAUGUUACAUCGGAGACGGAGAUGCUUGUGGAGUCAGACGUGAAUGCCGAGCUGGAUUGCACCGACGACGCGAAGGAGAUCUACAUGAUGGACGCGACGGGGGCUGACACUGAGGAGAUCAGGGCAAGCCCACAGGGAGGUGCAGCUGCUGCGUGUGCUACCAUGGUAGUGUGCACUGUGUGUCGCAUGGCGGUGGACCAGUGCGAGUGCGGACCGAGGACCCGGAAGAAGCCACACAAGUCCAAGGACAAGGCCGAAGACAAGAAGGUCCCUAGCGACACGGACGAGGGCAGCUGGCAAGACGUCCCGAGCGUGCGCGCCAAAUCGACGACACCACCGGCUACGCCAUCCAAGAAGUUCAUGCAGAAGGCAUACCGGCUACACGAGAGGACCGGACACGCCCCCUACGAGAAGAUCGAGAGCGACUUCGGAGACGUGCUGGAGGACGGAGUUCUGGAGGCGCACCGCAGGGUGAUCGACGGAUGCGCGGAGUGUCGGAAGGCAACCCAGGCAGCUGGCAACAGCGAAGCUGGCAACAGCAAGUACACCCAGAAGUCAAGCCCCACGAACACGAAGUACAGGACGAAGGACCAGAGCAAGUACAUCGAUCCCGACCUGUGCGAGCACCCAACGGACAAGCGAACGAGAGCGGGGACCAACCAGUACAAGGAGAAGGUUCGGUGCACCGAGUGCGGGACCCUACUUGGUAGUCUUCGUGCUCGGUUACAUACAUAUUUCAUGGUGUUCGAUUUCGUGAACGACGCUGUGGACUAUUUCAUAUUCUACGGCUUCGCCGAUGACCUUGACUUCGGGGAGUACUGAGUUUUGCGAGUUUGCCCGGCGCUCGAACGAGAAGCAAGCUUAGCUAGAGAAAAUAGUAUGAAUGUGAUUUCUGGGGGAAAAACCCAGGGAAUGUAAACUAGCACGCUUGUGUACAUGUGUGUACGUAGCGCCGGCGCUUGGGCUCG